CCUGCAUCACUUAGGCUUUCUCCCCCUUCCCCCUCGUGCUUCCUUGUCUGUCUCUCCUCUUCUUGAGAGCUACUCGUUGCUGCAAUGGGUGCCGAAGCCGAAGCCGAAGCUCCUCCCACGGAGUACUUCAUCAUUCGGCCGAAGAAGAUAAGGCUGAUCGAUAUACUGAGCCUUUUGAUACUUCGGAAAAGCCUGACCAGCUAUAAGUUUGUGGACAGCAGCGGCACCGCCAAAGAUGGCCUACGAGCUGACUGGGUCACUGCUUUAACCUUGCUUAUCAUGAAGGUUUUGGAUAAGAUUAAGGUCCCGUUGAAGUGGACUGGGAUCAUUGUGGAGUUCAUUUUCAACUUAUUUGAACUUAAUGGUGGAAUCGGUAUAAUUUGGAGGAUUAUAACAGGGAAGCUGGUCAUCCCCAAGCGCGAUUCGGCUGAUUUCAGAUCAAUGAUUGCUCUCAUCGAUGGGCGUCAGGAUCUGUACAAGAACAACUCCUUGCUCCAUUAUUUUCCACUCAUGGAGCCCCAAGCUGGCUUUGAUGACAUAAACCUCUUGGAUAUCACGGCCAUGGCUGCCAAGAUCGCCUACGAGAACCCUGCCUACAUCGAGAAUACUGUCACCAACCACUGGAAGAUGCACUUUGUCGGAUUCUACGAUUGCUGGAACAAGUUCCUCGAGGAGAAAACAACACAAGCCUUCAUCUUCUGCAACAAAGCGGAGGACGCUGACCUGAUCGUCCUGUCCUUCCGUGGCACCGAGCCCUUCAACGCCCAGGACUGGUCGACGGACGUCGACCUCUCGACGCUGCUCGCCGGCAAGCUGGGCCUCCUCCACCUGGGAUUCCUGAAGGCUCUCGGCCUCCAAAACGAGACGAACUUCAUCCUAGGGUUCCCUACUUCGAUCGAGAUGAACGCCGACAAGCCAGUUGCCUACUACAUCCUCAGACAGGAACUGCGAAAUCUGCUAGCGAAGCAUAAAAACGCAAAGAUAAUUGUGACCGGGCAUAGCCUGGGUGGUGCACUUUCAGCUGUCUUCCCCGCUCUGCUCUCAUACCAUAACCAAAAUGACAUCCUCAACUCCAUGCACAGCGUGAUGAACUACGGACAGCCCCGGGUUGGAGAUGCCAUCUUCAAAAGCUACGUCAAUGUGUUGAUGCGCGUCAAGUACCAACGCAUGGUUUACCGAUACGAUAUCGUCCCCAGGAUCCCCUUCGACCUCCCGCCCCUCUCAAACUUCAAGCACUGCGGCAAAUGCAUCUACUUUGAUGGAUGGUACAAAGGAAAGGUGGUUGAUGAAGUCCCCAACCCCAACUACUUUCUUGAACCCCUGUCUGUCCCGAGGAUGUAUUUGACGGCAUGGGGUGACCUCUUCAGAGCUUUCUUCAUAGGGUACACAGCGGGAAAAGACUUCAAGGAGGGGAUAGCGUCCAUCCUCUACAGGCUCACUGGUCUUGUGCUUCCAGGGAUUGCGUGUCACAGCCCCAGAGACUACGUCAAUUCUGUAAGGCUGGCCAAGAUAGAGAACACCCUCUUCGUCUAGCUGCUGCUGUAUGCGGAUCGAUGCCUUGAAUAAAGGAGAUGGGUGCUGCCGGGUUUCAGUUCUGAGUUAAAAGUGUCGAUACAAGGCAGCAGUUGUUUGUGUGCGUGGCUUUCUUUUCUUCUUCAUGCAGUCAAGAAGGCAUGGGCCAUGGAAUAAACGUGGUGGUGUAGGGUGAGAAGGCAGUACGUCUGCAUGGCUUUGUUGCCUUCUUACUGCGUCUAAUGAUUCCACUCUCUUCCCAACAAUUCCUCUCCUGCUUAUGUGGCUUGUAUGCUCUUAAUUGUAUCAACUGUGGCGCAAUCUAUACGUAGCCCAUUGUUCAUUAAAAGCUCACUCUUCCUCUCAUCCUCUAUUA